ACAUUUCUUAAUAAUUCUUCAGUUUUCAACUUCGCCACCAACGCACACGAUGUACAACAAGUACCCAAAGCAUCAUUCGACUCAUGCAGCUCGGACAACGCAAUCGGCUCAGCCAUCACAACUGGCCCGGCAAACGUUACGCUCCCCUCAGCCGGCGAGCACUACUUCAUCUGCACUAUUAGCACCCAUUGCCAGUCAGGGCAGAAGCUGGCAAUCACCGUCUCAAGCUCAGCUACCUCCCCAGGAGCCUCACCACCUUCUGUGCCUCCUCCACCUCCUUCUGCUAACUCUCCUCCUACUACACCUUCUCCGACAUCAAACAACCCUGCUGCUUGUCCUCCAGAGCUAGCACCAUCACCUUCCCCCACUGACCCCACUGGGAAGACCGCUCCACCACCCCAACCGGCUUCUUCAUCCCGGGCUGUUUUCGCUAGUUUCUUUUUGUCGUUCUUGGCUCUUGUCAUGGGUUUGUUCUUUUGAAGACCUCAAGAGAUGGACCAAUUUUUAUUAUUAUCUUGGGGAUCCAUUAAUUUUGAUGUUUAGUAUAAUUUUUUAUGGGAGAUAUAAGGGAACUAUUAUCCCUGAUUUUUUCAUAUAGUCAAAUCGUGAUGUUUCUUUGACUGCAUUAUCAAUAAAGGAACUCCCUCUGUUGAAAAUUCGAUCUCUGCCA